CCAAAUCUCUACAAUUUCGUGUAGUCUAUCAAUAAAGAGAAGUUCCUCAACUUUCCCAUUAUUUUCCACCACGCGUUCAAGUGGUUGAGCUGCAAAAAUCCCUUUCCCCUCUCUAAUAUCCCCUUCAAACACGUUACUCUUUCCUUCCAAGCCUCCCUCUCUACCUUCCUUCCUCCAUUAAUAUCACCUCUAGUUUUUUCGGGUGUACGACAUCGCCCACACGCUCUCCUUUCGUGGGUCCUUCCAUAAACGGAUUAUAAUCGUCUGAUGGCAGCCACAAGCCAUGGGACAUUGCAUUUUAUGGGUGUUUCACGCGAUGUGGGACCCAAAAUUGCUGCUGGAGUUCCAAAGGUGGGCUGCAUUGUUUGGAGGGGAAAGAAAGAGAUGAGAAGCUUGUGUGUGAGGGGCAGUAGCUCUCAGAGUUUGGACAGAAUCAAUGGGAGGAAAUUGAAUGGUCUUGAUGGGAAUGAUGGCCCACCUUAUGUGGGUAGCAGGAGCGUUGGAUUGGUGAAUGGGACUGAGCCCAUCCAUGCAUACAGGCUAGGACGGUUUGUGGAGGAUAGAUUUGUUUAUAGACAGACUUAUGUUAUCAGGUCAUAUGAGAUUGGUCCUGAUAAAACUGCUACCAUGGAAACUCUCAUGAAUCUCCUUCAGGAAACGGCGUUGAACCAUGUGAAGAGCUCGGGGCUGGCUAGUGCCGGGUUCGGAGCGACGCACGAGAUGAGCUUAAGGAAGCUGAUAUGGGUCGUAACCCGCAUAAACAUACAGGUCGAGAAAUACAGUUGCUGGGGCGAUGUGGUCGAGGUUGAUACAUGGGUCGCUGCAUCUGGAAAGAACGGAAUGCGCAGGGACUGGAUAAUCCGGGAUUGCAGCACACAAGAGAUCAUCACAAGUGCUACGAGCACUUGGGUUAUCAUGAACAGAGAAACAAGAAAGUUGUCAAAGAUCCCUGAACAAGUGCGGAAAGAGAUUGAACCCUUCUAUAUAGAGAGAAGGGUGAUUGGCACCUCGAACAAUAGGAGCAAAAUAGACAAACUCAAUGAGGAGACAGCGGAGAGCAUCAGAUCAGGCUUAGCUCCAAGAUGGAGCGAUAUGGAUGUCAACCAGCAUGUAAACAAUGUAAAAUACAUUGGUUGGAUUUUGGAGAGUGUGCCGAUGAACGUAUUAGAGGAUUACAAUCUCAUAAGCAUGACACUGGAAUACCGACGGGAAUGCCGGCAGUCCAAUUUGCUUGAGUCUUUGACAAGCAUGAAGGCAGCGGAUACUGAGGCCAGUCCUGCGAGUGCAAGUUCAUGUGGAUCUGAUUUGGGAAGCACACACCUGAUUCGCAUGCAAGAAGACAAAGCAGAGAUAGUUCGGGCAAGUGCAGAAUGGAGAUCUAAGGGAAAAUACACAUGAUGCAUCCGAUUGGGUUUAUUUUUGUAAAUAAUCACGUCUUUUUUUUCUUUUUUUUUAAUCUUGUCUACACAUCAUCAUUCUUUUUCUUGAGAAUUGUGAUCAUCAGCAUGUAUGUUUAAGCCUCAGAGGAAUAUUAUCAGUAAGAACCUCAUGAUUUCAUUAGAAUAAAACAUUU